UUUUGAUUUUAACCAUAGCCUAGGUAGAAUCCCACCAUGUUGUCAUUUCAGGCAGUUGAUCCAGCUUUACUACCUGCGCUCUUGGCUCCUGCAUCCUCAGUUUCAUCCUUGAAUCCGACAUCCUCAGUUCCACCCUUGAACACAAUCCCAAGUAACACGACUACCAAGAAAAAACGUACCCGUCGAACCAAAAAACAGAUGGCCCUUGCCCGAGAUAAUGAUAUAACAAACAACGGAGAAACAGCAAAGACCGAUAAUAAUCCCCAGUUCAUUCACUCUGACUACGAGAACAUUUGUGCUUACGUUGAAGAUGAUGAAAAAUUCUCUGAACUUUAUGGUGAUACCAAGACAAACGUUGGACCAAAAGUACUCACAAAGACAGCUGCCUUCAACAUCUUCGCAAUACAUAUCAAUGCACACAGCAACAAGCGUCUAAAUCUAACUGGUCGACAACUUCAACAACGAGUCAAUUACUACAUCCAAAAAAAGUACUUCCCAGCAAAGCAGUGGGAGAAUCAGACUGGUGCAGGCAUCCUUGAUCAAGAUCCUCAUGCUUCGCUUGAUGAGGCUUUGGAAGCCAAGUGCCCCUGCUAUGCUAAGAUGGACGCAAUCUUUGGUCAGAGGCCAAAUAUCACUCCUCUAGCCGAAUUUGACUCCAGCAACCCCACCCCCAUUGGCCCAAGCCAGUUUGAACAUCAAGACCAGGAUUCCUCCCCAGAAGUGUUCUAUCCUGGCUGGGAUGUAAGUCAAUCUCCACCAGCCAAUCAAAGUCCUCAUUUGGAUGCAGAUGUCAGAGACGAAACUCUUCAAUUGAUGAUCCCUCCUCUUCUAUGUGAUGGUGAAGAUUCUGAUGCUCUUCCUCAAUCAACUCUAGCAUCUUUCCCUGCUUUGCCAGUCGGUGCAAACCCAACUCCUGGAGGGGUGCAAUUCACCCCAACCCCGACAGCCCCUUGUCGCACCUUCCCUAAUCAAGCAAACUCAAACGAAACACGUCCACCAAAGGAACGAGUUGAUAAAUCUAAAUCAAGCUUGGCCACUGCCUAUCAAUCGGACAAGCAAUCCAAUGAGGAUCGUCGAUUCAACUGGGAGAAACAGCAAUAUGAUGAUGAGCGAGCCGAUGUGCAAAAGCGGUUAGAAGCUGAAGAAAAGAUGCAACAAGCUCGACUGGAUGCUGAAGAGAAGAAGCAAAGUGCACAAAUUGAGGCUGCCAAACGUUGGAUUUCACAGGGAAAGAGCACCACCGAGGUAGAUGUCUUGCUCAAGGCAGUGUUCCCCUAG